AUGAACAACACACUACCGAAGCUACGGCCACCAAUCACGCAGCUCCGGCCACUGCAUUCCCUCCAACAGCCUUCGAAUCGGGAGUUCGAACUACCAAGAUUGAGAGAAGAAGCCCAUCUUGAAAACAGCAUUCACCUGGUGCACUGGUCCAGCCCCCUUGAACCCAAGCCUGAUAAGGAGACAGCCAUCAAAGCAUUCGUGAGACUCGUGGCUCGGAUAGCGGUUAUCGAAGUUGGAGAUAAAUACUGUAUCGAGGAUGCCGAACGCGGCGGCUUCAUAUUGGCUCAUUCCGCCGGCCAAGUUCAUGAGGAAGGGGACUCUGGCUUCGUUGACUGCCUGGAUGGCCAGGUCAUCCCAACUGACUUUUCCAUUGGCGAGGGCAAGGCAUUACAGCUUCAUAUUGAUGCGGCAACCAGACAGGUGCGGCUGGCCGCGCAGGCCAAUGUUGUGCCCGUGGUUGCUCUCGGGGCUUUGGGUCGGAUGCUAGACGACCUUAUUGUUGGUCUACAGCAAGGUCAAAAUGCAUCUGUUGAAUGGACAAAGCCUUCUGUGCUCAACUUUCCUCCCAAACCAAGGCCCCUCGAUUUGUUUUCCGAAGAGCCGGCCUCCUCGGUGAACCAGAAGCUUGAGGAUCCUAAGAUUGAGGAGAACGGGCAGGCGCUGCUCCACAGGUGGUUUGAGCAACGCGCGGCAGAAACUCCGGAAAGAAUAGCCGUGGAUUUCCUCGUCGACUUGGAGAGCGGCAAGCGGGUUCAGUAUACCUACCAGAACAUCGAAAAUGCCGCCAACGCACUGGCAGCCGCUCUGUUUCUUACCAAUGCGAAGUCGCAAUCUGGGACACAAUCGUCCGUCAGAAUUGUUGCUGCGUUGAUGGGACCUUGCCCUGAGCUUUAUACCAGCUACCUAGCCGCUUUGAAGGCGGGAAUGGCGUUUUGUCCCAUUCCUGUGGACGCCCCAAGGGACAGACAGGACGCGUUGAUAGCAGAUUUAAAACCAACUGCUCUUCUUGUGGUUGCAUCACAGCAAGGACACUUGCCACAGUCGUCUCCCUCCUUUACCCCUAUCCCCGAGAUCGACGUGGCUCCCUAUCUCGCAUCAUGCGACUCAAAAUCGGAAACACCACCGCUUUCAACACCACAAGCAAUCGCCGAGACAGAUGUGGCCUACAUUCUCUACACGUCAGGAACUACUGGCAUGCCGAAAGGUGUAGCUGUUAGUCACAUUUCCGCAUCGUGCACAAUCUCCGCCUUGAGUAAUCACUUCCGGCUUGUCCCACCGUCACGACCCAGCAAGCCCAUCAGAUGGUACCAGGGCGCGGCACCAACCUUCGACAUCUCACUCUUCGAAAUUUUCUGGACGCUCAGCACCGGCUCCACGCUCUGCUGCGCCCCGCGCGAGUGCACUUUACAAGACAUCGACAGAGUCUUGAGGAUCAUGGAAGCUGACAUGACCAAUAUCACGCCCAGCUUUGCCAGCCUCCUCGACCCGUCCUCGAUCCGCGGCCUGAUGGUCGGUGGCGAGACGCUGAAUACCCGUCUGCUACAAGUCUUUGCUCAUCACAACCCCCCUGUGGGGACCAUGAACGGCGACCACGCGCAAAACAAACCACGCGGUAUCUACAACGGAUACGGGCCCACGGAGACGGCCAUCUACUGCAUCGCCCAGGCCCACGUCCCUGCCACCCAACGAGGUUCCGUGAUAGGGACGCCUCUCGCCACGUGCGGCUGCCUCAUCGUUGACGCUCAGACAACAAACACCCUAGAGCCCGUGCCCAUGGGCGCGGUGGGAGAACUGGUCAUCACCGGCCCACAGGUGAGCAACGUGGGCUACCUCAACCGGCCUGAGGAGACAGCGGCCGCCUUUUCCGACGAUGCACGAUGGGGGAGGGCGUACAGAACCGGUGAUCGAGCCAGGAUUGUAUGGGGCCCGGAUGGCGAACCCGUGGUUGAGUUCCUGGGCCGAAUGUCGGAUGAUCAGGUCAAGCUGAGCGGGAGACGCGUUGAGCUCGGCGAGAUCGAGAGUGUGUUGGCGAGCCGCGUGGACGGCAUACGCGAGACGAUGGCUUGUGUCUGGAAAGGGCAGUCGUCGGAGGCCGGCUCGGAGAGGGUUGUGAGUCUGGUCGUCCUGGAGCCCCGGGCGGGUUUGGACUUUGAGCUUGUCCGCCAGAGGUGUCUCGAGGUGGCGCAACGGCACUUGCCGGACUACAUGAGGCCCUUUAAAAUUCUCCUGGUUGAUGCCCUGCCAAGAUCUGCCUCGGGCAAGCUCGAUCGCAAACGAGCUUCUUUGUACGUGCGGGAGGUACUGGAAGACAGCAGCGGCCCGGGGGGUAUGAAGCUUGUGGAGGACGACAUCCAGGACUGUGUCGGACGCCUGGAUGAUCCCAAAAAUGCCAGGCUAGAGAAAGAACUCAUCGAUAUGGUAUUCGAAAUCCUCACCGAUGGUAACUCCUCUGGUACCACGGUGACGAUCACGGCCACGACGCCACUUGGCCAGGCUGGCAUCGACAGCCUCCGCGCAAUGACGCUUUUGCGCGACAUACGAAAGCGCUGGCCUAGCUCCGGAUCAACGCAUGAUAAGCAUGCGCGUCUACAGCCGUCAUUGGCUUCUUUGCUUGACUCAGGAGCUAGCAUCCGAUCUGUUUUCUUUCCCCCGCCGGUGGAAGUUGACACCCGGACUAAACUGGACAACGACAUACAACGCCAACUGGCCAACUUCUCUUCCAAAUACGUUCCAGAGGCACUCGACAAGCUCAACCUGGCCCACGCGGCCGAUAUCGAGAUGGUUCUGCCCACAACAUGCACACAGAGCCAGCUGGCCGUGAGCUUUGCGAUGGAUAGCAGCAACUACAUUAGCCAUUCUGUAUUGAAAUUGCGAUCGGAUAUCUCUAUCGAGAGGCUAAAAGAAGCCGUCAAGGGGGUCAUCUCCGAACAGGCCAUCUAUCGCUGCGCGAUCCUCCCGUGUGACGAUCCUUUGUCACCUUUCUCUCAGGCUAUUUUGACGCCCGAAGCAUGGCGUCGAUUCGUCAACGACGAGAACCGAGUAGUGCACACCAGAGCAUCAACAAGUCAACUCGCAGAAGAUGUAAAGCCAUGGCUUGACUUGGCCGAGGCGAACAUUUCUCUCGACUCGCAGAGGUUGUACCAUAUCCAGAUUAUUGAGCCAGACAGCAAUUCCGAUCCUGAUUUGGCGAGCGCUGGGCUCCUCGUCGUCAGCAUGGCUCACUGCAUUUGCGAUGGGGCGUCGCUUGAGGUGCUUAUGAGCGAUAUAUCAAGGCGGUAUCGUGGCCUGGAACCUCUUCAACGGCAUGGCAUCUCCGACGCUGUGUUCGAGUGGGCCUCAAACAAGAACACUGACACUGAUGAGCUCUGGCAACAAUACCUCAAAGGCUGGGAAUCUGAGGCUUUUGGUUCCUUGAGCGGGGAUAAUGUCAACCCAUCUAUCGCGGACGAGGAUCGCCGACAUGGGAUGGUCGAAUACGCGAGUGACCUACCAUGGCAGGUCCUAGAAUGCAAGAGUAGGACUUUAGGCACAUCCCCCUUGUCCAUCUUGCAAGCGUCUUGGGCUCUUCUCCUCAACUUGUUCUCUGAAUCAGACACGGGAGAUGUCCUGUUCGGGAGCAUCAUCUCGGGCCAGGAUCUCCCAGCACAUGCACCCACUUUCUCCGUCGUGCCCUGCCGGGUGGCCCUACCCGAGGCCCAGACAAUCAGUGAGCUUGUGGAUAGUCUUGUGAGUCACUCGAGAUUUGCGCAGCGUUAUCGGCACACAUCCUUUGGCGUCUUCAAAACACGGCCAUACAACACGGCAUUGGCUUUGCAAGCCUACGCUCCAGAGGGCCCCAAUUCUCAAGAUGGCCUUGGGGAGACUCUCCCUGACCUCUGGACGGAGAUGCAGAACCCGGCCAUACGUUACGAUUUUCCUGUUUUCGUCGAGAUCUUUCCGACAAACCCCCACUCCCCAAGCCGUAACCGGCAGACCGACAAGAUGACGUUCAAGCUCACUUAUAGCGAAGACGCCCUCUCAGGAUUUGCAGCAACUUGCAUCGUAAAGCAAUUCGGAGCGCUGGUCGAAGUUAUGCUUGGUUCAUCUCCAGACGACCUAGUUCAGGGGCUACCAGCACGUCUGCCUAUGGACUUGCUCUCUGCAGAAGGGACUAUUCCGGUUCCAGCUGAAAACAAAGAAAACAAUGACCAACAGAGUCAUGUUCGAACUGAGCUCCUGCACUCCCAAUUCGAGGACCAGGCCACCUCAACCCCCGACCUUCUGGCCCUGAGCUUUUACACCUCGCUAGACUCACCUCCCAUUGAGUUGAGCUAUGCGGAGCUUGAUGCGAGGGCGAACGGCUUAGCAAACAUCCUACGCGAGGAGGAUGUCGACGUUAUCCCCAUUUGUUUGCAGCGGAGUGUCGAGCUCUAUGUUGCCAUCCUGGCUAUCUUGAAAGCUGGUUCGGCCUGGUGCCCCAUCGACGAGACAUCACCCGUGCAGAGGCGAACCUCACUGAUUGCCCGGACACAGAGCAAGUUGCUCCUAACUACCACGGAGUCGUUGCACCUGGUAGAGCCUUGCCUCUCACAUCAGAGUCUCGAAGGCGUUCGGGUCAUUCUUCUCGACAAGUACGCAGACCAGAAGUCACCCGUGAGAGCUUCUCCCCGCGACGGUAUCUUAUCUUCCAAGAAUCUCAGCGGGAAAGAUUUGGCAUAUCUGCUGUGGACCUCGGGCACCACGGGUGAGCCAAAGGGUGUCAUGAUCCAACACAGCGCCGCGGCACAGGCCAUGCGCGACUUACAGAUCCGAGUCGAACACGAUGAGAAGGGUGGACAGGUGCGGACUUUGCAGCUGUCAGCAUACAGUUUUGACGUCUUCGUUCAAGAUCUUUUCUACACUUGGGGAAUUGCCGGCAGUGUCAUCAGCGGCAUAAGAGAACUGGUGUUGGGUACCUUUGUCGAGUUCAUCUGGAAGUCCUGCCCCACGCACGCCCACCUCACACCAUCCUUUGGCGCGAGCAUUCAUGUCGACGAGCUCAGGGGGUCGACUCUGCAAUACGUGACCUUCAUCGGCGAGAAGCUGACGGAAAGUGUCGCCGAAGCCUGGGCGGCCCCGGAGAUCACCACCCGCGCGUAUAACACCUACGGGCCGGCCGAGAACGCUGUCGUAUCCACGAUGCGGCGGUUCUACGGCAAGAGCAGAGACCGGGCCAAGGCUGCCAAUGUGGGCUUCCCCCUGAGCCCCUGCACAGCUUACGUCGUCCGCGAGGUUGAGGUAGCGCAGACCAAGCAGAAGCGGUGGGAGCUUGUUCCGCGGUACGGUAUCGGCGAGUUGGCUCUGGGGGGCGCGCAGGUGGCCAAGGGCUACCUCAGCAACGAGGUCAAGACGGCCAAAUCUUUUAUUCAGGGCGUCCCCGGCAUCGAUGAGCGCAUCUACCUGACAGGGGAUGUGGCCCGUCUCAACGACCACGGCUUCGAGUUUCUCGGCCGAAACGACGACUUGGUCAAGAUCACCGGCAUUCGCAUUGAGCUCAGUGAGAUCAGUGCCGCGUGUGCUAGUGUUAAGGAUGAACACGCGGCCGUCGAGCAUGUCGAGACACUGCACCUCCCUCGCCCAGGGGCUGGGGACGGCAACAAUAAAGUCAUCGUCACCUUCGUCUCCGUCAAGAAAGACAUUGUCGAUGGAGGGCAGAUAAGGACGGAGGUAUUCCAGAGGGCUAGGGACCUACUGCCUGCAUACAUGGUUCCCGGCCACGUGGUUGUUUUGAACACCACGAUGCCGAGGACCGCUUCAAACAAGGUCGACCGCAAAGCCCUGCAGGAAAUCUACGAUAAGUCGGAUCUCAACGUCCUGGCUGGAAGAGAGGGCAACAACUCCGGACGGUCCCCAAGUGAUGGCGGCGAAACGAAACCACAGUGGACUAAGGACCAACUUCCCAUCCUUCGGAUUAUCGCCGAGGAGUUCAAGGUGGCAAUCGAGCCCCUGUCUCCCGGGGAUAGCUUGGCCGGCCUUGGGUUCAGCUCUCUGCAAGUCACUAAGCUGGCAUGGUCGUUAAAACGGCGGCUUGGGUGCGCGGUUGGGGUCCUCGUCCUCAUGCGGUGUCAGUCUCUCGGCGAACUAGUCGAGGUCGUUCUCAGCAAGCUGCCGGAUCAAAGGGCCAUAUCACAAACUCCCAACGGCACAGUACCACCAAGACCGGCUCCAGAAACAUCAUGGAUAGCUUCCAUCAAAGAUGCCCUGACCAACAAGCUCCGUGGCGACAUGAGGCCACAUGAUACGUUGUACGUGGUGCCUGCGACCCCAAUCCAGGAGUCACUUAUCGCGGAGACAAUGUUCGAGCCCCGGGCGUACUGGGCGCACCGUGUGUUUGACUUGGGCCACCAGGGAAAGGUUGAUGGUCUCCGUUUAAAGGAAGCCUGGACCGAGGCUACCAGGAAAUUCGACAUACUUCGAACCAUCUUCGUUCCCCUGACACAGCUCGAGGUGGAACACACAGCAGAGAAUACACGCAAUGUUGUGACAUGGGCUCGACACCAAGGGAUCCGGUCCACCAUUCUUCAGCUGGUCCGCCGUGAGCCAACCGUCUGUUGGACUUGGCUAUCCGGUGACGAAGAUCGGGAUCUGGCCAGGUGGGCCGAGAAGCUGCAGAUGGAACUGGCACCGACGACGACAAUCCGGCCCCCAUGGUCCGUGACAUUUGACGACAGAGGAAACAAGUUGAUGUUGAGCAUGCAUCACGCCCUCUACGACAAUGUGUCGUCAGAAAUCCUCCUCGACACCGUUGCCAAGUCCUACCAGGGGCAAGGAGGGGAUACCCAUGCCGGUGAUAUGCCGGUGCCGCUGGCCAGGGGCAUGGAGCUGGGUUUGUUGCCCACCCCCCACCAAAGAGACGAGGCCGCCUCCGUGUGGGACAGUCAUCUAGCCGGUACUAGGGAGGCGGUGGGCGCCCUGAACGCUCCAUUCCCCGACCUGACACAGUCCCGGCAGAAACAACCACGGCGAAUUCUCCUUUCGAAAAAGUCCAUUCCUUCUUUCCUCCUCCCAUCCAGGUCAGCAGCUGCGCCGAGGUUCCCCGAUUUCCCAACAUUAUUUAAGUCCGCGUUCGGGUGCGUUCUAGCGUCAUACCUGGAACUCAAGGCUGUUGUGCUGGGCCAGACAACCUCACAAAGGAUUCUACACCCGGACCUCGCUCGGGUCAUGGGCCCGGCGAUGGCUACUCUUCCUGUGCUUGUUCGCGCCGAUGCCCAUUCGGCCCAGGAGCUCUGGAGUAACAUGGCGCGUGACUCCUCCAGCCUUUCCCGGACCAUGCAUAACCUGCAUCCUGUGGAUAUCAAAAGAAUCCUCAACAGGGGCAGCGAAAACAGCAACGCCCCCUUUCCGGGUUUCUUUGUCUACCACCCCGCCCCGGGAAGUGAUGGCGAUCCCGAAGACAACAGUACCCCGCAAAUGUUCCGAGGAGAAGAGCAGGCAUUGUCGCUCAACGUGGAGCAUCCACUCGCCUUGAAUGUCUUUGAGCACGACGGUAUUAUGGAACUCACAGGCGACGGGAGCCGCAUCUCUCAGGCCCAGCUGGACUUGAUGCUGAGGCAAAUCAUCGACCAGGCUAAGGCCAUGUUAGAGUCACCUCAGUUGCUUCUCCAUCUGCUGCCGAACAGAAUGGACCGGGCCCUCGUGUCAAUCAGUGGCAAAGCCAAUACCGGUGAAGAUAUUGGUGCAGUCGACCCAACGGAUAAGGUCUCUCAACAUGCGUUGGACCACCCCGAAUGGGUCGCGGUCGAGGAACUCACUCUUUCGCCACCAGACGAAGGUGAUUGCAACGAAAUAACCACCAAGACAAUCACAUACGCCCAGUUAGACAGGCUCGCCAACGCCAUCGCCUCGAGCCUAGCAUCACACAAAGCCCAUCUCCAAGCAGAUGAUGUUGUUGGUCUGUAUUUGAGCAGGGAUAUCAAGUCCCUCGCGGCGACCUUAGCCAUCUUUCGGGCUGGCUAUGUGUACCUCCCUGUGGACGAAGACCUACCCUCAGCUCGGAAACAACUGUUGAUCCGGGACGCUGGGGCAAAGCUCAUCAUCACCACCGAGGAGCUAGCGGGAGACCUAGAACUGAACCUGGACAAUGAUCCACCGGCCUUGUUGCUCCCAGAUGGAGACAAGGCCGUCAAUACGAUGCUGUCUUGGCCAGUGUCUCAUCAAAGACACCCCAAACCCGGGCACGGCGGCUAUCUCCUCUACACCUCCGGCUCGACCGGCCAUCCCAAGGGCGUCCGCGUAUCCAACAGCAACCUCUGCCACUUCAUCGCCGCCUUCAGCGCGCGCCUGAUCGAGUCCUCGCCCGCAACAGCCUCCCUCGGCGGCGCCGGAAAAUAUCUCAACCUUACGUCCCGCGCCUUCGAUCCCCACCUCACGCAGCUCUUUGUGCCCUGGCACCUGGGUUACAGUGUUGUCAUUGGCAGGGACCGCACGGCCAUUCUCGGAAGCUUGCAGCGGGUCAUCAACGAGCGGAGCGUCACGCAUUUUGGUUCCGUGCCUUCGGUGCUGACGCAGCUGGGCCUGCGGCCGGAGGAUAUGCCCUCGGUUCGGGCGGUGACAACUGGCGGGGAGAAGGCGUCGAGCGAGUUGCUGGAUAUGUGGACGAAGGGGGGGCCAGAGAAACAAGAAGGAGAACAUUCAGGGGCUGUUCUCUUCAACUUCUACGGGCCGACCGAGGUGACCAUUGGCUGUCUGGGGCAUGCGGUGAACGCCCACUCCAACGCUCGCAAUCUUGGUUUGCCGUUGCAGGGUCUUGAGGCAUUGCUGCUGUGCCCCGGCACUGGCGAGGAACAGGUUAUUGCCCGAAGGGGACAGCCGGGCGAGCUGUGCAUCGCGGGGCCGCAGGUAUCCAUGGGCUAUCUCGACAGGCCGGACGAGAACGCCAAGAGCUUUCAGACGACCUUGUUGCUGGGAGGCGGACCCAGAAGAAUGUACAGAACGGGCGACGUGAUGAGGAUGAUGCACGACGGCACGCUGGAAUUCCUGGGCAGGGCGGACCAGCAGGCCAAGAUCCGGGGGCAGAGGCUCGAGCUCGAUGAGGUUGUGCAUUUCCUGAAACAAGCAGCGGUUGGCGAGGGUGACUUGGACUUUGCCGCCGCCGUCGUCGCCAGUGGGGAUGGCGAGUCGAGUCAGAAGCAGCAGCAGCUCUUCGGAUUUAUGGCCCGGAGAGCAAGGAAUCCUCCCAGAGUGGGUACCAACGCUGAGGUUGAGCUUCUCAAGGAUCAGGGGGAGGAGUGGACGGCUUUGCUGGAGAGGAUUGAACAGACAUGCGAGGCUGGACUCCCGGCCUUCAUGGUACCCACGAUGCUUUCGGUUUCGAAGAUCCCCUACCUGGCCGCGUCGGGGAAGGUCGAUACUAAGCUCCUGGCUAAGCUCGCAAACGACUUCUUCGCUUUCCAACAAGACCAGCAAGGCCCUGCUGGUUCUGCGACUGCCACUAGUCCGGGAUCCGCCUUGAAUGACGGAGAAUUGGCGGUCAUAUCGGCUGUGGAAGAGGCCGUGGGGAACAAACUACACUCCGCCACCGCAACAAGCAGUAUCCACCGCCUUGGUAUCGACAGUCUCUCGGCUGUUCAUCUGGUGUCGCUCUUGCGAAGACGAGGCUUCUCCAAGCUCAAGAUGGUCGACAUCCUAUCCCCCUCGUGUACAGUGCGAUCCAUAGCUCGGUUGGCUGACCGGCGCCUAAACGGCAGCGCGCCAGCACAUGGCAUGUCUUCAUCUUCCUCGGCGGAUCAACAGGCGUCAGACAUGGCACAACAGGGCGUUGAGCCGUUCAAUGUCGCAGAUCUCGGCCCACUUCCCACGCAACUCAGCGAGUCCCAAAUCGAAGCCGUCCUACCAUGCCUGCCUCUACAAUCGGCCCUCGUCGCGCGAUCUUUGUCGUGGUGGCUCAGAGUUAAGAGUGCUGGGGACGGUGACGGGGAUGAAGACAAAGCACCUGUCGAAGUUCCGUAUGUGGCACAGUUCCACUACCGUCUCUCUCGCGGCACGGACGCUGGCAGAUGGAAGAAGGUAGCCGAGGAAGUCAUCGCAUCCGAAGCCAUGCUGAGGACAUGCUUCGUUCAGCGGGAGCAUGACGGUAAAAUCUUCCAGGUCGUCCUCCGGUCCCCUCCUGUCUCGCCAUUCGACUGUGGGGAGAAUGCGGCUGGAAUCGUGGCGGAGAUGAGCAUACGGCCUCCCAUUCGCUUACGUAUGCAAGAGGGGGAGGGUUCUGGCGAGACUAUCGUUUCAUUGAAGAUACAUCAUGCGUUGUUUGAUGGUGUGGCUAUCGACCUGCUCAGAAAGAAGUUGGAGCAGGCCUAUCACAAGCAACAUCCCACCGAGCCCCUUUGCAGAAACAUGAGUCUCGAUGUGUUGCGAGGCAUUUCUAGUUCCUGUUACCUUUCGGGUGCGCAAUUGGAAUCCGCACGACGCUCGUGGCAAACGAAGUUUCACGGUGUGCGGCAAUGCCGUGUUGGGACGGACAACAACAACAACAACAACAACAAUGACUCCAUGGUUCGUUCGACUCGCUCUCUCGACUACACCAUUUCUGAGCUCAAAUCUAAGCUGCGGGCUCUGUCGCAACAAUCUGGCGCGUCAAUUUCAGUGUCUACUGCCUUCCAACUGGCUACGGCACUCUGUCUAGCGCAACUUACCCGACAAACAUCGGUCGUGUAUGGCUUCGUUAUGUCACUCCGGCCUCUCCUCGCCCACAUCAUCGACGGAACGGAAGAGUUCAUUGGGCCAUGCCUCAAUACGCUGGUCCAAACCCUCAGCUUCCAAGAGACGGACGAGCCCCUGCCGGAACUUGCUCAGCGAGUUCACGAAGCCCAUGCCGCUGCCUGCCAGGAAACGUUGCCAUUCGCCAACGUGGAGCAGGUACAACGCUGGACCGGAUCCGAAGAGAGGCUGUUUGACAGUCUGCUUAGCAUCAACCUUAUCCCCGCUGAUGAUACAACGGAGACUGGCGACACGCCGGAACCGGGGCCGGGCCGCAUGAGUGCUCUGGGGACCCAGAGCAAGAGUGACAUGGCCUUGGCCAUUGACGUCGACCUGCACCCGGAUGGCAAGAUUCUGUUGACGCUGUCUUCGGCUGGCGCUCUAAGCGAGACCCAGCUGGAUGAGGUCGGCCGGUUGUUUGCAGACGUUGUGUUUAGCGCUGCCGAUGAGAACGCACGAGUCGGACAGUUUCUGCCAGGGCAACAAUGGUGUGCAACAGAGGACGCUGUUGUUCCCAAUGGUCACCACGCCCCGAUUGACGCUGAGCCAGGAUCGGGUUUGGCGGAUGAGGGAUACCAACAGGCCCUGGCAUCCGUACGCACAGCCGCUUGUCGCCUUCUCCGACUCAAACCGUCUGAUAUACCAACCAGUGCAAAGCCAACUUCACUGUACCAGCUGGGUCUCGAUUCGAUCACUGUCAUUCCAUUCGUCAAGCUCAUCAACAAGUUGGAGAACAUCUGGCUCUCCCCUGACGCAGUCAUCAGAGCUCGAACAAUCCAAAACACCGCAAGACUGAUCCAGGAGAUGAAAACCAAGCGUAGCACCAAACCCAACGGCAACACAACCAAACAUUCCACCCACACCAGAAACGACAAACCCACCAAGGGCAUCAGCGACGACGACGCGUACGACGCAACCCUGCAGCGACUCGCCAAGGACCUCUUAUUCGCGGCAACCCCCCUUCAAGAAAGCAUGCUCAGCGCGUCGCUCGCCAUCGCCGACAAGGCCUACACCUACACACACACCAUCCAGCUCUCCGACAAGGCCCUCGCCGCAGACACCCCUACCCUCGACAGCUUCUUCGCUGCGGCCAGGGACACGGUGCAGGCGUGUGAGAUCCUUCGAACGCGAUUCAUCUUCACCCACGACGACGACGCCCCCUGGGUUGGUGUUGUCUCCCCCGUCGAACAGAGCGAUCUGGUCCACUGGGAGGUGGUGGAGGCGGGUCCUCCUGGGCGGGUGCAGCUGAGGAUCCACCAUGCGCUGUAUGACGCGGCCUCGAUUCGGGCGGUGUGGCGUAUCCUGGGAGAGAACUACGCCCGACGCCUUCAAGGCCGUGACGAGAUUGGUGGCCAGGCAGCUGUGCGGUCUCAUCUGUUCCGGCCCUUUGCGAGGACAGUCGCCCUGGCACAAAGGGCUUCGGUGGCGUUCUGGGGCAAGCUUGUCCAGGGGUAUAGCUACACGCCGCUGCAUUUCCCAGACGACUCUCUGCAGGCAUCGUCUGCCUUCCACUUUGCCCUGAGCGAGCAAGAGCUAUCGUUUCUGCAGGCACGAUGCAGGUCGUUGAGCGUGACGACCAAGGCGGCGCUUCAGCUGGCGUGGGUGAAGGUGCUGUGCGAGUCUCUGUACGGGCAGGCGGAUGUCGUCUAUGGCGAGGUCAUCUCGACGGAGGGCGGGUUUGACGGUGGCGCUAACGGUGGCGUUAACGGUGACGCUGUUGUCGUCGGUCCUACCAUCAACACGGUGCCGAUGCGGGUCAAGUUGGCGGGUGACCGAGGGACCCCCGUCAGAGUUGCAGAGGCGCUGGUCCGGGUACAGCAGCUGAGCGACGACGCGAGAGGGACGGUCGCAAUGGGGUCGCUGAGGAAGAUCCAAGCAUUGUGGAGAUCGUCAAGCCGAGACCGGGAACACCUCCCCGCGGCUCUUUUCCAGAGUUUGUUCGUCUUUGAUGGCAUUGUUGACGCCACAAGCGCCGACAGCGACGGUUUGUCAAAGCCGCUGUUCAAUAAUGGAGCCCAAACUCAGACCCAAAACGGAAAAGAAGAGUCUGACGAUGGGCCGGCGUAUGACGAUACCCCUGUGAUCGUUAGCUUCCAGGUCCAGAAUGGCACCCUUCGCGGCAAGCUGAGAGCCAAGAUGACUGGAGAGGACGUGGAAACACUUGGAAGUCGAUUGGAAGCGGCAUUGAGAUGGGUCCUCUCGUGCGAAGUGUCGGAUCCCGCACUUGAUAUUGGUCCUCUCGACAUCUUGAGGAAGAAAGGCUCGGCUUUGGAAAGUAGAGCCGCAGACAACAGAGGCAGUCCUUCUGAAAGAAACGGCUCAAAUUCAGCGAUGGCCGACACUAUUUUGGAACUGGUCAAGAAAGUGCUCGGUACAAGAUGCAGAGGCAAGGAUAUCGGCUACACCACGCGGCUGGUCAACAUGGGUCUCGACUCAAUCUUGGCCAUCCGCCUAUCGAUGCUCUUGAGGAAGCAAAUGGGCGUCACUGUGAGCGUCUUUGACAUCAGUAAAGGCGCCAGCAUUCAUGACAUAGUCGAGAAAGCCACCUUGGCACGGGAGGUCGUGGUACAAAAGCCGAGACAGCACCUACUGGCCCAGUGUGAAGAGCUGAAGGAUUUGGUGGCCAAUAAACUCGGGCUACCAAAGAACCAGAUCAGGUCUGUCCUGCCUGUGUUGCCAGGUCAGCGCGUCCAUUUGGAGCAGUGGUUGCAGAGCGGGAAGAGGUUCUUUGCACCCCCAUGGGUGUACCGUGUUGUUGGUGGUUCCCUCGAUGCGAAGAAUGUGGCAAGCUGCUGGGCUGAGCUCUGCCGCCUUCACGGGGCUCUCCGGACGACAUUCGUAUGGGGAGGCAAAACAAGAGGGCUGGUCCAAAUCACUUUGGGCGAGCAAUGGACUGGAGAAGAUCAGUUCUCAGUUCUCCAAGACCCUUCGAAACUCAUCCAAACCUUGAUCGACGAGCACGUGGAAAAAGAAAAUGGGAAGCCAUCGGACUUGAGGGUUCCCCCGGCUAGCCUUUCGUUUCUGGAAGCUUCAGACGGCCAGGCAGUCGUGCUCCGAGUUCAUCAUGCACUGUACGAUGCAUGGAGUAUCAAGAUGAUCGUGAAGGACCUCAACGAGCUCCUCUCCCUUGGCAAGGUCCUGGACACUCGUGCGCCCUUCGAAGAAGUGAUCCAGCAAAUCCAGGAUUUCAGAAAGCCCGAUGCCGAGGCCUUGUAUUGGAAACACCAUCUGUCACACGCCCAAGAUACAGUGCUACGUGGGAGAGCUGGGACCGAGAGUGACGAACCGGCAUCCACGCAUGACGAUUCUCCGCUCGGCUCGCACUUCAAAGCCAGCUAUCCUACCGUCGUCCCACAGAGCACUAUCAGCACAUUUUGGCAGACCGAAAACGGUGCACGCAUCUCGGCCGCCAUCGUGCUUGCCUAUGCCAAGACUUUGGGACACUUCACGCAACGUUCCCGGCCCACCUUCGGUCUGAACCAUGCUUCGCGGUCGCUUUCCUCGGUGAACGGGGCGCAGACCCUCGACUUGACCGCGGCAAGCGUUCCGACCCUGACCGUGACGCCGUUUUGCAUAGACCUGGGCAGCAGCAAUCAACGCUCCGGUGCUUCAUCUUCUUCCGUGGAGGGGCAGGAGCAGCUACUGGACUUUGUGCAAGACCAUCUGGCACAGCUCAGCAGAUUCGCGCAGUCAGACGGUUGGCAACGAUAUCGCCCAAGGUUCAAUGCUUAUCUCAACAUCGUCAGCGCCCAAGAACAAACGGCAGCGUUUGAGAACGAGGAUGACAAGAGCGCGGUGAAAGUAGUGCUCCGCAGGCAUCGGCUCGGCGAGCCCCUUGCUUCGGAUUACUUCACCGCCACGACGCCGUCAUCAUCCACGGUUUCUACUAUUGAAGGGCUCGAGACGGGUCACUUGUCCCCACAUCAACUGUUCUUCAAUGCCAUCGUCCGUCAAGGCCAGGAUGUUAGCGUGGCAGUCAGUGGCGAUGAAGGGUUGUGCGGCGGGGGGCUUGCGAUGGCCACAAAGCUGGUGUCGUUUUUUGCGUCUGAACUGAUCAAAAUAAUGGAAGGUGCAUGUACGAACUAG